AUGGCCCGAGCAAAGGACAGAGGCGAAAGAUUGCCCAAUUUACGAAAGCAAAGGAACUUUCUCCGCUCUUUGAUCUGCGUAUCUAGGAUUCGCUCCGGGGGAGAUUUCGAAGAUGUUUCCGCCAUUUGGCGGUUCCCGGGAGAGAUGCAGAUGGAAGGUGGGUUUAACAUGGGCCUGUAUGGUGAGUGGUGGGGGCCUCAGCUCGAACUCGCGACCGGAUUCUUUAUGUUAAAACCAACCCAUCAUCCAGGAGACAGGGUGGGGUUCCUUCUGGCCAAAAAGGACUCGAAAGAGACUGCAGCAGUCACUGAUGCUAUAUUGGAAAUAUCACAACGCCCCCGACGUAUCAAACCCACCAGCAUUCGGAGCAAAGAUAACCAGCGAGGUCCUCCAGAUCGGAAGGCUUUGCGCGUAGUGCGUAUGAGCGGUCAUAUUCGUAAAACACAAAGUGAGCUUCACAGCAAUUUGAUCGCGCUCGGCACGCACGCCAGCGCAUUCCUUUAA